GAAAUCCGAUCUGGAGUAGUAACACCACUUUUCCUGAAACAUCGGAGAUCAACAAAACUAUCCACUGAGAUUCUAUACAAUCAGCACAGGGCUAGUGCUUGUAUUUUUGGGGGAUGAGUGAUUUGAUUCUUGAAUUUAAGAUAAGUGCAUUGGCUCUUUACGUUGCGUAUAGAGCCUUGAUGACCAACGAGACCCCAGUUGCUUGUGUGUUUUAUUCCCGAGAGUCCAACAAGAUAUUGAGUUAUGGUUGUAAUGAUACCAACAAAUCGUUGAAUGGGACUCGACAUGCCGAGUUCAUAGGUAUCGAUAAGAUUUUUCAAGAAUACAUUCCACAAGAAUAUCAUCACGAUCAAGAAUACAUCAAGAGUUUUUUCGCUAAGGUAUCACUUUUUGUUACAGUUGAGCCUUGUAUUAUGUGCUCCCUGGCUUUGAAGCAAUUGGGUAUAGGCGAAGUCAUUUACGGUUGUGCAAACGACCGGUUUGGAGGAAAUGGAACUGUCCUUUCCAUCCAUAAUGACGAUCGAGAAGACGUUGCAAACAAUUAUAACAGUUAUGGAGGAAUUUUGAGGACUGAAGCAGUCCAACUACUAAGAAACUUCUAUAUCCAAGAGAACGAUUCUGCUCCAAAUCCAAAGAUAAAGAAAAAUAAAGAAAUUGAAAAUAAAACAUACCCUCCCAAUCUUUCGUUCGAGCAGUACAUGACCAAGGAGUCUUUCACAAGUUUCUAUGGACCUGAAAGAUGUGAAAAGUAUUACUACGUGGGCAUUAAUGAGCACGAAAUCACCCCCAAGUUAGGCUCUGGGUACUUCCUUCAAGAUUUGAUCAACAUUGAACUUAUUCAACAGAUUCCUCACAUACAAGAAUUAUUUGUCGAUGGAAUAGUGUCCAAUUCGAUACUAGAGAAAGAUCUAGACUUAUUUUUGAAGCUAUUCUAUCCUGUAAAUGAGUCUGGUGAAAUUGAUUUUGAAAAUUACAAAAUCAUCAAGAUCGACGAUGCUCUAGUUCAGCCAGAGAGUUUGGAACACAAGAAAAGAAGAAUUGAAGAGGCCUCUCCUUGUAAAUAAUAUUGUAUAUUAAUCUGUAUAAUAGAGAUUUCUAGUAUUAUUAUAGCUUACUGUAGAA